AUGGGGUUUACAUAUUCUGCUCUAACUGAUAGAAAGAUUCCACUCACCAGCUUCACCGGGGAAAUUACUUACUCUCUCGGUACCAUUCAACUCGUAAUUACUGCGGGAGGAAUCCGAAAACCAGUUAAUUUCGUCGUUGUAGACCGCACAGCCCCGUAUAAUGCUAUACUAGGCAGACCUUGGAUCUCCACGAUGAAAGCAGUACCUUCAACUUAUCACCAAUGUGCUAAAAUCCUGAUUUCCUACGGAAUCAAAACGAUCCGUGGAAACCAGGAAAAAGCGAGAACGUGCUACAUGAGCUCGUUCAAACAAAUUGUGAGCUCUCCCGCAUAA